AUGGAGAUGGCGGAGAGGGUGGUGAGGCUGUGCCGCGAGGGGCUGCUGGCAGGGCAGGCCGUGAAGGUGCUGGAAGGGCUGCUGGCCAAUGGGAUCGUGCCAUCUGUCAAGUGCUACAGUGAUGUUAUCCAUUGUCAAUCGGCUCUCGGCCAAUGGGAGCAAGCCCUCGCCACCCUCUCCCAAGCUCUCUCCCUCAGCAUCACCCCCUAUUCCUCCGCCCUCCUCGCCCUCGCCCACUCUCUCGCCACCACCGGCAAAGAGCAAGAAACCUACCAAGUCCUUCGGGUCUACUUCACCCAUACACGCUCUGUUGACCUAGCUGUGUUCUGGGGAGUGGGGAUGCAAGUGCUGGCAGCAGCAGGGGAGGAGGAGAGAUUGGAGAGGAUUGAAGGGCUGCCGGUGCUGCGGUAUGAAGGCAUUGGCGAGGAGUUCAGUGCGGUGACGGCGACCGCGACAGAGACAGCGACGCUGCUGGAAGAACAGGAGGAGCAGCAGCGGCAGCAGCAGCAACCGUUCACCCCUCGAUCUUUCUCGGACAGCUAUUCUAGUGAUAAGAGCGAUGAGAGUGAUCAGCAUGCUGCUCAGGCCCUUCCCUACACUUACUCCAGCGACCUCCUCCUCCUCUCCUCCCUCCUCUCCAUCCACAUCGACCGGGGCAAUUUCGACGACGCAUUGCACACCGCGCAAUUCAUAGUCAACGAGCGUCUAGACGAGCACCUCUAUAACGAGUACAUGGAACAGGACAGCCUCUCCCGCGGGUCGAUUGUGGCCGGCGCAGUGCUGAGCCGAGCCGACCCGGCGUUCUUCCCUCUGGUGAUCGGGUUUUUCCGGCUGGCGAGGCUGAUUCCGGUGGUGGAGGGGAGGACGAAGCAGCAUCUGUCGGUGCUGCUGCUGCUGCUCAUGUCGCAGGCUGUGCGGUGUGGGGCCCCCCCGCUGGUCUCGGGGUUUCUGGUUUCUGCGUGGGCUAAGGCGAAUCAGGAGGAAGGGGAGUCUCCUGUUGGGUUUGAGAAGGAGAAGAAGGGGUUUGGAGGCCUGAGGAGACCGAAACAGAUGGUGCAAGGAGCAGGGGGGACAGGAGCAGGGGGGGUGGAGGGAAUGGGGGGUAGUGAGGGAGAGUGGGUGCUGCUGGCCUCAAUGGAAUGGGAGGGUAGAAGCGGGAGUGAGGGUAGUGAUGGGAGUGAGGCGGAGGAAAUUAACGGUGGCAAUAAUACCCGCAGCAGCAGUUCCGCCAGACGCCCACGUGCUAACGUGGAUCCAAACAGUGCUGCUGAUGUGGAUCCGGGCAGUGCUGACAUGGCGAACAAGAAUACCUCCAGCAAGGAAGACGCUGACCUGGACGAGCUCGUCGACGACAUCGACAGCAACACCGACCCGGCAUUCAUGCACGUCCCACCGCGCAUUCUCACUGAAUUCCGCUCAUUCCUCACCCUCCCGCCCUGCCCCAUCGAAUCUUCCCGUGCCGUUGCCAACUCCAUUAUCGAUACGGCCUACUCCCUGGGCCUCACCCAAGCGGCUGCAGAUUUUUUCCACGCAGCGAACGAGGCUCGGAUGUUCCCGGACCUGUUCCGCGUGGAACGGGAUUCUCUGGUGCUGUCGCUCAGGCUCGUGUCGCCGGCCGGGGCUGAGGUGGUGGUGGCCGGAUUCUUCUGCACCUGGUGCGAGCAAUCUGGACCGUUGCUCUCGUUGAUCUUGCGUCAGACCGGUCUAGAUUCGCUGGAUGAGUUCGGAGUUACUGAGGGUUUACGGGACCCGAUUCCGGGGUUUAGGGAUCCUAUGGGGGGGCCAAGGGUGAGUGUGGGGGCUAGUUUAGAUCCCGAUUUUGAACUUCUUGAGAAUCUGUCUGAACUGGGGAGAGCGACUGGGAGUGGAGGUGGAAGGCUGGGAGUGGGGGGUGGGGGAGUGAGGGAGGUUAGGAUAGAGAUUCCUGGGGAGGAUGAGAGAGUGUAUGAGCGAGAGGGAGUGCGGAUGGGGGUGCGGAAGGCAGUGAAGAUGCUGGAAGUGCCUGGGGAGGUGGAGGAGGGGGAGGAGGCGUGGGGAUGUGUGUGGAGAUGUGGGGUUGAUAAGAUGGAGGCAUGGGGGAAGUGGUUCAGGGAAAAGAAUGAAGCGAAUUUCUAUACCCCAAACCCUAAACGAGAAAUCCUAGAUGUAAGGAAUUAG